CCCAUGAAUAAUUCUGUUUAAUAAUAUCUAGUUGUUUAAGAUUUGGAUUCUGUGGGUGGUUGAAUAAACCUGAGAUUUAUAUACUGUAUUAAGAAAACAAGCGUGUACAAUGGCAGACGAUGUUUCAUCAGCUGAUGCAACAGAAGUGGCGAAUUACGUCAUUUUAAGCGAUAUCCGCGAACUUUUAGAGAAAGAAAGUUUAAGAGAAAUCGGCCACCAAGCUGUUUGGUCGGUUUCCUCAUGUAAGCAAGGUUAUGGAGUAAAUUCACUACGGGACAACAGCCUUGAGACUUACUGGCAAUCAGAUGGAACACAACCGCAUAUGGUGAACGUUCAAUUCAAGCAAAAAACCACCAUACAUAGUGUUGGAGUGUACACUGAUUAUAAAGCAGAUGAAAGUUACACUCCAAGCAGACUCUCAGUCAGUGUGGGAAAUGAUUUUAAUGACCUCAGUGAAGUGGAGCAAGUAGAAGUGAACGAACCAUCAGGAUGGGUCUGGAUUAAAUUACCAAAUCAAGUUGGUGAUAAACCUAUUCGUACAUUCAUGGCGCAAAUAUCUGUUUUACAGAAUCAUCAAAAUGGAAGAGAUACACAUAUGCGGCAAAUUAAAGUUUUUGCAUCUACUAAAGACACAACUUCGAUAGACUAUAUGAUCUCUGGUUGUCGUUUACCCAUGUUCAGCAGUGUGGAGGCUGCAAUGUUUAGCACAAUUCGAUGAUAUAUUGUUUAUUAACGACUGUUUAUCCUAUUGUUCAUGAGAAAGUGUAUCGACCAGUUUCUGUUCAAGAGCACAGUAAUUGGAGAUAUUUUGUAAAAAUUGUAAUAAAAUUCUACAAAAAACGUAUAAUAAUGAGUGUUAGCAAAGAUGUUAUUGUUCCUAAUCUUGCAAAAAUAAAAACUUUAUAAGUUUA